AUGAAUGACGAUUUAGAUGAAGAGCUACAUGAAGAAUACAUAAAUCAAGUUAUGAGAGAUGAAACAGAUUUUAAUGAGCUUGUCCUUACUACUGCAGCUACAAUUGUGCAACAUCAUAACACUUUUUUGGUAAAAGAACCAUGUAGGGAUUCCUCUCAUACAGGAAUGAAGUUUGUUAUGGAGAUUCUUAAUGGAAAUGAUAGGCGAUGUCAAGAGAUGUUUCGAAUGGAGAAACAUGCAUUUUGCAAAUUAUGUGACAGAUUAAGAAGUUAUGGGUUGUGUUCAAGUAAAGGAGUGCAAUUAGAAGGGGCAGUAUGUAUGUUUUUGAUGACAUUGGGACAUGGUGUUGGUAAUAGGAUGAUUCAAGAAAGAUCAAAUCCUAAGUAUUGGCCUUAUUUUAAGGAUUGUAUUGGAGCAAUUGAUGGAACGCAUAUUCACGCAUCACUUCCAACGAAUGAGCAAAUCCCCUACAUUGGUAGAAAGGGAUAUCCUACCCAAAACAUUAUGGCCGUGUGUAGUUUUGACAUGCUAUUCACCUUUGUGUGGCCAAGGUGGGAAGGAACAACACAUGAUACACAUAUAUUUUGGGAAGCUCUAUGA